CUGAACGCCUUGCAUAGACCGUUCUGCCGUACUAUGGCGGUAACAAGUAUCACGUUCGUAGUUCGGUUACAAAUUAUUGCGGACCAUGAACAAAAUCGGUAUCUUCACUUUCGUUCGUUUACUAUUCGUGGACCAUGAGCACAAACAGAAUCCGUUUUACUUUUCGGCCGUGCCAUUUCGUUUUCGUAGUGCUGCUCUUUUGCCCAUAUCGGUAGCGUUUAGGUUCAUACAACAUGAACAUGAUUGUGAUUAAUUCAUGCACGACCCACAAACGAAAAAUAUCACAGUGAGUGUGCUGACCAACCAUUUUCCCCACCCCUAUAGCCACCGAGGUUUCAUUUAUCAUAUAUGGUAUUUGUACCACAGAUGUGUAUUUUUCAGCUUACCCCCUCGUCUGUUUCAGUUGGUUCGGUAUCGUUUUUUUCUAGAAAUAUCUAUGUAUUGGUAUAUCCUAGCAGGUGUGAAGGAUCCUCCUCCUUGCUUCUCGAACUACCAAGACUAUACAAGUACAUACUAGAGUCCCACCACCUAGCGUCUGGCGAUUUUCGAUUUGCGGAAGCAAAAAUGAAAGCGGUGACUUUGAGGAAGGACGUCGAAUAGGCAGAUCAGACAGCGAGAACGCUUUUUAGAGCAGCAAGCAAAAUAUGUGGCGGAAAACUUCUUUAAAGUUGGUUCCUGGACUUAUUGGUAUCGAAUAAAUUGAAAUUAUAAAUCGGACGAGCAGCGGCCGCCUCUGUCCGCGAAAAAGAAAAACACAGCGAGAGUCCACAGAGCUUGCUUUGGGACCACGAGCACGAGGUCAGAAACAAAUGGAAAAACUCGCGGGGGUGCCGCCGCGCCAGGAGAUGCUAGAAGUAGACGCGCAUGGAGCAACACACGUCGUUCAUCCUGGCCAACGCCAACCGCCAGAGCGCGGAUUUUUCAAUGGUAGUUCUUUAUUGACCGCUGGCCAGCAGCCGCACUCCGGUCGUCCUGGCAAGAACACCCACAACAUAGGCACGCCCGGAUCUCCUGCUUCGACCACCACAACCCCAGAUGUUGUAGUCAACAAACGCACAUCACUAUCCAAGAAAAAAACUGUGUUAGUGUAGGUCUUUUGGGAACACAGCAUCACAAGUUUGUCUGCCAUGACAGGAAAAACUUGUCAUGCGCACAUAGGAUCGGAAAACACGUAGGUAACGAUCCUACCUUGCAUGUGGAGCAUGACAAGUGUAACAGUCUUGCAUUUGCUGCAUCACAGACUUACACUCACGCAGUUUUUUUCUUGGAUAGUCACCAGCUGCUCCCCGUGGGCCGGAUCUCUCCGAUGUCAGCAGUGUCGACGAAGAGGACGAGGACAUUAUUCUCGCGGCGGCUGCCUUCCGGGCGAGAGCUAAACAGGGUUUUUUCGCAGCUGCGUUUGGCUCGUCCGGCGGAACGGCGAAUUACAGCCAGGAUGAGCUGCACCAAGACGAGAGUACGAUUUCUGCAUAUUAUUACGGAGAACACGAGAUCCGGUCCGAUUCCUCAGGGGGCGCACCUCCAAGAAGGGUAAGAAGACCUGGGGACGAGAACGAGAAAAGUAAAAAUAUUCUGCCGCUCGACGGAAUCGUCCUUCAUGACGAGGAGGAUACAACCCCAGCCGGUCCCCGACGGCCUCUUUUCGGGAAAAAUGCUCCGACACUAAGCAAAAAUUCCAACCCGUCCUCGUCGAACGAUAGUAGUGAGUCUCGAGCAGGUCCAGGGAUGAAACUUCUACGGGCUGAAGAACGAACAGGUGAAGGACUUGGUACUGCCAGCACUAUACUGCAGAAGAAUCUACUUCCCGGUAGCAGAGCGCGGCCCCGACAUAUGGAACUGAAAAACAUCGCACGAAAAAGUUUGCAUCUCCAGCACGAGUGGAAACAUUCUGCGUUGCGAUAACAUUUUUGAUUUGCAUGCAACUUCAGAUGCUGUACUGUUAAGGUUGACUUGCGAGAAGUUUUCCUUUUCACCUUGUGCUGGUGGCUCGAUGUUUGACAUUUUUGACGAGUCAACACAGUUAGGUUACUGCUCGGCAUAUUUUGUAACGAAGCGUCGCUGCAGCUGCGGCGACAAGAAACUCUCUUAUCACCAGCGUCGCGAAUCGUACGGACUCGGAACACGAGAUAUAUAAUAUUUGCAUAUAAACAAACACCUUGCAUACAUAAACUUAAACAUGGCUGAGGGUCGUGGUCGUCUGCGAGGACAGCGACAGCUUGAGGCUCGGUGUCAGUGAACAAAACUAAACGACGUGAUGUUUUUUUUUCCCGCCAUACGUAGCGGCGGGGCACACGUGCAGCCGGAGGGGGAAGGGCGAUCCUCGGGGUCUGUGGCACUGAUUGCGGCGCGACGUGCCGCGGCAACGCACUCGGACGAACGUCGGUCCACGCGAGGAGAUAUGAAGAGGCUCGUGGACGGGAACUCGUCAGAAUGAAAAUGAUUUGACGAUAAAGAAGUCCAUCCAUGAGACAUGAAACAAGCCGCUCUUGCGUAUCCGUGUGUCAGAGUGAUACACACGUAAAUGAUCUGGCUACCCGUGGUGCGCAUCGAGUUGUGCUUUUGCGUGUGCCGAAGAUGGUGCCAAAUUACACCGAUCAUAUAGAUGUUAUAAAUCCUCCUGCGGUCGGCCUAGGUCGCCUUUUGGUGACGUCCUAGUCCUCGUUGCCGUUGUUCCGGGUGUAACCCGUUUCGACCAGUGUUGCAAACACAAAGGGCAAUAACAAUAUGCGUACAUCAAAAUAAAAGUCAUUUUAGUUUUGUCGAUUUCCUAUUUGGCGCAUCCAUAAGAGGCCGGAAGAGCGAUCGCAAGUCCUGGUUGAAGCCUGACGAAGUUAAGGACUGGCGGAAAAUUAAGACGCACGAAAACUUGGACGACGAAGAGGGCUGUAUCAAGAUGGAACUCCCACCCCCGCCCGGCUCCCCGUGACUUGAACGAUUUUUGUUCGCAUUGCUCGUCCUACUGGCACGUAAUACGCAGGAACUGUGUUUGUUGUAUCCAUUCCAUGCACUUCUAGCAUUUAUUUUUCGCAAAACAAAAACAAGUACUGGUAGUCUAUCAUCGACGAAAAGACGAUUGCUUUGGGAAAGAAACAAAAAGAAAAAGAGUCAUUGUAGUCCCGCAACUUCUUGUUGCAAGCAGCUGGGACCGGCGUAGUGAUGUACUAUAAAAGCUAAACUACCUAAAAGCUAAAUCUUGUCUUCAACCAUCAAGGCCAGGUGACAAAGACUGGUUUUAUUUUUGAUUAUUGAGUGGGGCUGGCCCUGGCGUGGGUGGGAGUUUCCGGUGGAUCACCUUUUGCAACUGCGACGGGGAAAGUGACCGCACUGUUCCGAUAUUCCUGGCGUCGACCGUAGUGCUUGCCAUCGUGCUGGCUGUCACGUUCUUGUUUUGUAUCCCAGCCACCCGGCCCAAGGCCAUUCAAAAGUGCUGCGGCGACGAGGACGACGAUGAUGCUAGCAGCACCGUGAAGUUGGGGAAGGGCGCCAAAAAGAAAUUGGGAUCCACCGCUCCUUCUGUUGAGGACAUUCAAAGAGACAUUGCAGCAGCUAGAAGCGAGCGGGACGACCUCGAGGCACAGCUUGACAACAGCGAAUUCAGCGAACGAAAACAAGCGGAAAUAGAAGAAAGCAUACAGGAGUUAGACAAAAAGUUGAGGGGACUGCGGGCGAAGCUAAAGGAGGCUAAAUCAAAAAAAAAGGUAAAGCCUGCCGAUGACGAUGAAGACGAAUAUGCUUCAAGCACCCGCCCUUUUUCCUGAGGAAAAUCAGAAGUCACACAUGUAAAUACAUAUUUCAAUUAGGAAACAUAAACAACUGGUAGAACAUGUGUGUGUGUGUGUGUGUGUGUGUGUGUGUGUGUGUGUGUGCUCCGUGUGCACCGCAGUUGCAUAUUAAGCCUCGUUGCAGUUUAUGAUUAUCAUUAUUUAUAGUAGUACGGCCGAGUGUGCAUUUAAUUUGCUUAGCAGGGCGUUGCUCUGACUGAAAGGAAAAGGAACUUUUCCUUAUCCUCCCGCACUACAGUAUACGUAUAUUAUCAAUUGGUCGCACUCCAGUUACACGUAAGGACCAAGCACACCGCGAGAAGACCAAGAACCACUCACAACCUGGCUAGAAGAACGUCACAGCCUGUUGCUCUUGUGUUUCCGUCAUUGUCUG